UUCUUUUCUUUUUUCAUUUUUUAUUUGUGUUUUAGUACCAUGCGAUUGAGAAGUUCAGGAUCGUUUUCUUCUUUUGAACGACCUGUUGAUCUCACUAGCACUGGAAACAACAACAACAACAACAACAACAACUUACAUUUUAAUUCUACCUAUCGGUUUGAUCGACUUUUUUUACAACGGUUUUAUCGUCUUCUUCGUCUUUUAUUCCAGUCAUCACCAGGAACACCAUGGUUUGCAAUGGGCAAAGAUGCACGACAACAUAGUGUAUUUUGGCUUUACAUGACCUUUUUAUUUCUAGCCUGUGGUUCAGAAUGGCUUGUUUAUUAUGUUGGCUUGAUCCCUAGUCGGUUUUAUACUAUUUUGACGGCCAAAGAUCGUACUGGUUUUCUUACUUUUAUAUUUCCUUGUCUUUUACUUAUCUUGGGUAUUGCUGCUGGCAAAGCAUUGAUGAAUUAUACAGGAGGCUUAUUGGCACUCAAGAUUCGAAGACUUCUGACCAAUCACCUGCACGACCGUUACAUUCAAUCCAAAAUUAUGUACACAUUGAUACUAGAUCACAAUCACGUGGUGGAUAACCCGGACCAACGUAUCACUCAAGAUAUUGAUAAACUUGCUGAAACAAUGCAUCUCAUCUUGGAAAAAUUGGUGCUCUCUCCUAUGUUGGUGGUACUUUAUACUUGGCAAUGUUGGUCAGUCGCUGGUCUUUUAGGUCCCAUGUUGAUCUAUUCUUACUUUAUUCUGGGUUCUUUGAUUAGUCGACGCUUUAUUCAACCUAUUGUUACCACCGUAUUUUACAAGGAACUUCAAGAAGGCAAUUUUCGGUUUUUACAUGUCCGUUUACGUCAGUUUGCUGAGUCUAUUGCUUUUUCCAAAGGUGAAUGGGAAGAAAAACAAAGGGCAAAUGCUAGUCUGGAUACUUUAUUGACAUAUCAACGCUCUAUUGUCAACAAACAACUACCAUUACAAUUGGCAAAUCAAACUUUUUCGUAUUUUGGCUCGAUUCUCAGUUAUUUAAUUGUGGCCAUCCCUAUCUUUUCUGGUGCAUUUGAUGACAAGGACUCUGGAGAACUCAGUGGCAUCAUCAGCAAGAAUUCAUUUGUGUCCAUGUACUUGAUCUAUCUUUUCAGCACAAUCAUUGAUCAAUCUGACAAGAUCUCAGUAUUGGCAGGUUAUGUCGCUCGUAUUGGGGAACUAUUAGAAGUGGUGGAUGACAUUGACAAUACAUUGGAUUCAGUGCAACUAGAUUCUGUGUCGCAAGAUUCAAGUGAUGUUAUUCUUUUUGACAAAGUGACUCUUGUAUCACCUCGUGGAAAACCUAUUGUGACAGACUUGAGUUUGGAAAUUACUGAUGGGCAACAUCUUGUACUUAUGGGACCUAAUGGAUCAGGGAAAUCAUCGAUCUUGCGUGCCUUAGCUGGUCUUUGGUCAUGUUCAAAAGGUCGUAUACAUGUUCCUCAUUUGAAACAUGGAAAAGAUCUCAUUUUUCUUCCUCAAGCACCAUAUUUGAUUCAAGGCUCUUUACGUGAUCAACUCACUUACCCAAGUCUCUCCUCAAGUACGACAGUGACGGAUGCAGAUGUUCGAAUGUUAUUAUCUCAAGUACGAUUGACACAUCUAGAACACAUGAUUGAUUCAUUUGAUACCUCCUAUGGUAUUGAAUGGGAUAAAAUGCUUUCACCUGGGGAACAACAACGUUUAGUUUUUGCUCGAUUACUUUAUUGGAAGCCUAGAUUCGCAGUUUUGGAUGAAGCUACGAGUGCCAUGGAUAUCGAUACCGAAUCACGACUAUACCAAUUGGCCAAGGACGCAAACAUCACUUUAAUCAGUGUUAGUCAUCAUCCCGGCAUUGUUCAUUAUCAUCAUCGAAAACUCGUACUGGAUGGAGAUGGUCAUUUCACCCUACAAGACAUAUAGUAUUCCUAUUUUUGUACUUUUAGUUUACAGUUUAGACUUUUUUUUGGAUGGAUUUACUAGCAUGAUGAUGGCAAUUUUGUUUGAUCUAUUUAUAUAGGCAAUAAACUUUGAAGGAUUUAUUUAUUUA